GAAUAUUAAGCUGUAAAGAUGGCGGAUAACGUGAAUCUGGAAGCUGUAAAUAAAGGCUUACGAUCAGUUAAAGUUCUUAGGAGCACAGUUGGAGAAUUGUUUAGAACUUUAGCAGAUGGACUGAAAGCAUCUCAUGUAGAUGAAGGGAAAGAUAUGCAAUAUCUUACAGAACUACAAAGUAUUCUUUCUAAUAUAAAUACUCGUUUAAGAGACUUAGAGACAGCUGUCACCCUCCUAGGAACACCACCACCACAGCUCCAUCUUGGGAACACCAGUCAUCUCAGUUUAGACCCUACAUAUGACAAGUCAUCCUUGUACACUGAGAUGGUUAAAUCUUUUAGGUGGUGUGAUAAGGUACAUGAACACUCAAGCCAUGCACAUGCCAUACUUACACAGAACUCGUUGAAGCGGUCAAAUGUGAAUCCCUUGCUUCUUGCUAAGAGAGUUCGAAGGACCCCUCAUAAUGGAUACAACAUGUCUCCCCAAAAUGUGGAUACUUUUAUUGCUGGACUUCAGAGAUUAUUUCCAGACAUGACAGUUGAUGUAUUGAGACCAUUUGGCUCUUCUGCUGUAUUAAAGGUAAGUUUGACAAGGCUCAAUUGUUCUCUG